CUAUCGCGGGAAUUUAAGAGGACAGCGCCACCGUCUUCACGAGCCUCGUUUUAAACCGGAUGUAAGUGUAGCGGCUCGCUAUUGCUAGGCGACGGGCUUUUUGCGUGACCCUAUUCUAGCUCCAGCAGGUCGCCUCGUCAUUGUAGCAGCUCCCUCUCACUCACAUCUUCCUCGACAGCCCUCUUCUCCUCCCGCUCCUCCGCAUCCCUCCACACAUAUCCAGGUAGCCAGACGACCUAGAAAAUGUCUUACGCGGGGAAUGCGCUGGUGAUAUUAUUCGGAGUCCUGAUGCUGCAUUCAGGCUUCGCUCAGAACGCGGGGUUUGUGAAGUCGCCCCUCUCUGAGACUAAGCUGACGGGCGACACGUUUGAGCUGUACUGUGACGUUGUGGGGAAGCCCACACCUGAGAUCCAGUGGUGGUUCGCGGAGGUGAACAGAGCCGACAGCUUCUUCCAAUUGUGGGAUGGAGCGCGCAGACAACGCGUGUCCAUCAACACGGCGUACGGCGUCAAUGGUGUAAGCGUGUUAGCCAUCACUCGCGUCACCAUCGAGGACUCUGGGAUUUAUGAGUGCAGGGCCAGUAACGACCCACGGCGUAACGAUUUGCGCCAGAAUCCGUCCACUACCUGGAUACGAGCCCAGGCAACAGUUACCGUGUUGCAGAAACCAUCAAUUGAGUCAACGGAUCACAUGAUUCUACCCACGGGUUACCACAGCCCACCAAUCACGCUUCAGUGCAACCUUACAGCUUCCCAAAGCAAACACCAUGAGAGCUUCUGGAUGAAGAACGGGGAGGAGAUCCCUGACACAAGGGGCAAUGACAAAAGCACAGAAUACAAACUUAAUAAACCAAGGCCAGAUGAUUCGGGCGAGUAUAUGUGUGUGUACACGUUCGAUUCGGCCCCCGCAGCAAAUGCCACUAUUGAGGUAAAAGCUGCACCAGACAUCACGGGGCACAAGCGCAGCGAGAAUAAGAAUGAGGGUGAAAAAGCUGUCGUCUACUGCAAAUCCGUGGGUUAUCCUUAUCCCAUGUGGAGCUGGCGCAAACUUGAUAACGGCGUCAGUAUGGAUAUUGACAACUCCUCUGGCCGCUUCUUCAUCAGCAGCAAGGAUGGCUACACCGAGCUGUCCAUCAUCAACCUAGACAUAACCUCCGACCCCGGGGAGUACGAGUGCAACGCCACCAACAUCAUCGGCUCCAACUCCAUGCCAUCAGUUCUGCGUGUCAGGAGCCGCCUGGCCCCCCUGUGGCCCCUGCUGGGGGUCCUCGCCGAGAUCAUCAUCCUGGUGCUGAUCAUCGUCAUCUACGAGAAGCGCAAGAAGCCUGAUGAUGUUCCUGACGAUGACGAACCAGCUGGGCCAAUGAAAACUAAUUCCACCAACAACCACAAAGAUAAAAACCUACGUCAGAGAAAUACAAAUUGAUUUCAUCAUUACAAGAUUAAGACAUUCACAUCAUGACCACAUGAACGUUACUCAUGAACGGUUCAGCGCAUUGGUAAUCAAAUCAAAGGUGGAGGAGUUAAAUGGAAGACCGGAAGAAAUAAGCACCCGAGGCAUGCCUUAUAAAUCUGGUGUGAGGAGGACGAGUGAACAGAACGGAACCUGAUUCUGAACAUUUUCUUGCAUGAUUGUGUUGCUUUUUCUUUAGAAUCUCUUUUAUUCAAGUCAACUUUUUCCAUGUCAGGCAAAAGUACAAAAAUAAUAAUUGCAUGCAUGAUAAUUACUGUUUGAUGCAGGCUUUUUUUGUUUGUGUGUGUGUAUUUAUGAAUGACUUCUGUUCAAGCAAGCCUUUAACUUAUCGCAAAUAUGCCACCAUGAUUCUGGUAUGACAGUUUUUGUACAGAUUAUCAUAUUACUGUAUACCAUUUGGUAAGGUGGCAUAUGAUUCUAUCAAUCAAUUAAGGGCUUUGCGAAAUGUCCUGCCAUGUUUAAUUUGUACAUGUAUUGUACAUUGAUGUAUGAAAUCACUUGAAAUAUC